CUUACGAAUCGAAUUUUGAAUUGAAACGUAUUUGUUAAUCUUUCUCUUGAUUUCUUCGAUUUCUAAUCUGGACGGUUUCUGGCUUUGCGAGAUCUGGAACGGAGCGCAUCUGCUGUUAUGAUCUCUCAGUUCUUGCAACACUGUGUCCAUGGUUAAUUCUGAGACAAAGAUUUGGAAACUCUCCUCAUGAACAUUGAGUUAGAAUGGCACUCAGGCAAAAUAGGAAUUUUGACAAUUCAAAUGGAACUCAUGGUGUAAAUGAUGAACAAAGUUCUAAGAGCAUGGCUGAGGGUAACGAGCUAUCAAUUGUAGUGGAGUGGUUGAAUGAUAUGAUUCCUCGUUUAAGUUUGCCACUGGAGGCUUCGGAGGAGGAAUUGAGAGCAUGCUUGACUGAUGGAACGGUUUUGUGUCUUGUCUUGAACAAGCUAUGCCCUGGUUUAGUUGAUAUGGGGGCCAGUUGUGAGCCAGGUACUGCAAAAGUCUACCAGUUUCUGGCAGCUAUGGAUGAGUUGGGAUUACCCAGGUUUGAACCAUCAGAGCUAGAGCAGGGAUAUAUGAGGCCAGUUUUGCAUUGCCUUAGAACACUUAGAGCAAGUUUUAAUUCCUAUGACGAGGAAGACAGCAUCCAAAAUCAUUCAAGAAAGAGAUGGAGUGUGGCAAGGUUAGAUCGUGUAGAGGGAACUGGUCACUUUAGUGGGAGUGUAAGAGCAUAUGCUAAAAGCUCUGCCAUAGAAGAAGAGAGCCCAUUGAAUUCUUUAGAUGGAAAAUUCUGGAAUGAUAUUUCUGAUAUGAAGAUCUCGGAACUCAUAAAUUCAAGGAGUUUAGAUAAUGCCUCGACUAAAUCACUGUUCAAUGUUGUGAAUCAAAUUCUGGAUGAACGCAUUGAAAGAAAGAAUGGGGAUGUACCUCAACGUGUGGCAUGUCUGCUGAGAGAAGUUGUCCAACUCAUUGAAAGGCGAACGGCAACUCAAGCACAGAAUUUAAAAAAUCAAAACAAUCUUUAUAGGGCUUGUGAGGAGAAGUACCAAACAAGAAUCAGAGUGCUUGAGACCCUGGCAAUGGGGUCUGCUGAAGAGAAUCAGGUUGUUGUAAAUCAAUUUGAGAGACUAAAGAGUGAGAAAACCAAAAUGGAGGAGAAGGAAAAGCUUGAAGAGCAGAAUGUGCUUAGAUUGAAAAAAGAAAAGGAUCAUAGUAGUAUUGAGAUUUCUGCAUUGAAACAAGAAUUAGAAAUGGCCAAAAGGACACAUAUGAUGCAUUGCUUGAAAUUGGAAGCACAGGUUGAGGAAACUAAAGUUGAGUCAGAAAAGAAGUUGAAAGAAUUUGAGUGCCUUUUAAUAGAGUCAAAGAAGAAGGUGAAAGAACUAGAAUCGUUUUCUGAAUCUAAAUAUCAAAGAUGGAGAAAGAAGGAGUCUACUUAUCAGAAUUUUAUAGAUUAUCAGUUCGCGGCUAUACAGGAUGUAAGGGUAGCUUUUGAGUCCAUAAAACAUGAAGUCCUGAAGACGAAAAGGAGUUACACAGAGGAAUUUAAAUACUUGGGGCUAAACCUAAAAGGGCUUGUAGAUGCUGCUGAGAAUUACAAUUCAGUUCUGUCAGAAAAUCGGAAAUUGUACAAUGAAGUUCAGGACUUGAAAGGUAAUAUUAGAGUAUAUUGCCGGAUAAGACCAUUCCUUCCAGGUCAAAAUAAAAAGCAAACAACUUUAGAAUAUGUCGGUGAGAAUGGUGAGUUGGUGGUUUCAAAUCCCAUAAAACAAGGCAAAGAUGCUCAUCGCCUCUUUAAGUUUAACAAGGUCUUUGGUCCAGAAGCCACUCAAGAGGAGGUAUUCUUAGAUACACAACCAUUAAUACGAUCUGUUCUUGAUGGAUACAAUGUUUGUAUUUUUGCUUAUGGACAAACUGGAUCUGGGAAGACCUAUACAAUGAGUGGGCCUUGUAUAUCAUCGAGAGAAGAUUGGGGUGUCAAUUAUCGAGCAUUGAAUGAUCUUUUCCAAAUUUCUCAAAGUAGGAAGAAUUGCAUUAUAUACGAUGUUGGUGUUCAGAUGGUUGAGAUUUAUAAUGAACAAGUUCGUGAUCUACUGUCAAGUGAUGGUCCACAAAAGAGACUCGGGAUUUGGAGUACCACCCAACCAAAUGGGUUAGCUGUCCCUGAGGCGAGUAUGCAUUCUGUGAAAUCAACCGCAGAUGUGUUGGAGUUAAUGAAUAUUGGGUUAAUGAAUAGAGCUGUAGGCGCUACUGCACUUAAUGAAAGAAGUAGUAGAUCCCACAGUGUUCUCACAGUUCAUGUUCAUGGCACUGAUGUAAAAUCUGGUGCCACUUUGCGUGGCAAUCUACAUUUGAUAGACCUUGCUGGCAGUGAAAGGGUGGAUCGCUCUGAAGCUACUGGUGAUAGACUCAAGGAGGCACAGCAUAUAAACAAAUCACUAUCAGCUCUUGGAGAUGUAAUCUUUGCUCUGGCACAGAGGAGUCCUCACGUCCCAUACAGAAAUAGCAAAUUAACUCAAGUGCUUCAGAGUUCUUUGGGUGGUCAAGCGAAGACCCUUAUGUUUGUUCAGCUUAAUCCUGAUGCAGACUCCUAUUCUGAAACCAUAAGUACCUUGAAGUUUGCUGAGAGAGUUUCUGGUGUUGAAUUGGGCGCUGCAAGGAGCAACAAAGAGGGGAGGGAUGUUAGAGAACUUAUGGAGCAGGUUUCAUCUCUUAAGGACACAAUUGCAAAGAAAGAUGAAGAGAUUGAGUGCAUGCGGGUUAAGGCUAAUAAUGCCAACAGUGCCAAGCGAGGUAUGAGUUCACUAAGGUAUGCGUCUUCCUCUCCAUCUCCAAGGAGAAAAUCUGUAGGGAGUCUUCACAUAAGUCGAAGAUCGUCAGUAGGGAAAGGCCUGGGACUAACUGAUAAAGCAGCUUCUGAUAUGGACAAUUGCUCAGAGUUCAGUGAUAAGCAUUCUGAUGCUGGUUCUCAUCAUUCAGUGGAGGACUUUGAAAACCAGAAGGUAUUUCCCUCACAACCAAAGCCUGCUGUUGGGGACUCAAGUCAGAAUGUAAAUGAAGACUUUGAGCUCUUGGGCUUUGGGGAGGCAGAUUCCGAGGAAAGAUUAAGUGACAUAUCUGAUGGUGGCCUUUCAAUGGGAACAGAAACUGAUGGUUCAAGCAGUGUUGUAGAGUUCACUCUUUUCCCUGAAACUGUAAAACCAGCUGAGAACACAGAGAAAUCCAGUUACCCAUCCAAACUUCCAAAGCCCUCCCCAAAGGUGGUGCAAACUAGAUCUUCUCGUCUGUCAUUGGUGAAGCCCACAAAGGCCGCCUCCUCUAGGAUCUUAUCGAGUGCUAGGAAACCAACUCCUGGCAGUUCUUCUACCAGGAUUACGAGACCUUGGCAGUAAUUCUAUUGCUUACUUGAUGGUAACAGGACUCCUUGUCCCAGUUUGUAUCUCUCUUAUGAAUGUAUCUCAUAGUUAUCCUUGUACUGGAAGAGGUCAUCGGAAGCCUCUCAUUUUGUAAUAUCAAUCAAAGGAAAAAAAAA